UACAGUACAUAUGUCUGGCAUGGCAUUUACCGGGAAGUGAUAAAAAUUAAUAAUAUCCCACUGAAGUGGACCCCUCUUCAUCCCGCGUUUCCAUUUCUUCCUCACCCCCUUCUUCUACCGUUUACCAAAAGUCUCCCCCAUAUCUCUCUCUCUCUCUGCGCUUGUUCUCUCUUAUUCCUUCCUCUCUAAAACAAGACUCCCCCAAUUGAAACCCUAAUUUCCCAAUAAUAGCCCAACCUUUGAUGGGUCAAUUUCACCAUGUAUCACCUACCCAAAUUCUUCAGUCAUAGUAGCAGCAACACUCCUAAACACAAGCACAAACGCUCCUCCAAAGGAGGCCCCAGGCUCCAGCGUUUGAAUGCUCAAAAGGGUAUUGAUUACACUCCAAGAGAAACUAAAUCACUUGAUAUUGAUAUUACUAGCUUCAGAAUUCAAGGUCUUGAAGGUGAACUUGACAGGGUCUAUCAAGAAUUGGGCCUUUCUGGUCCUGAUGAUCUGGGUAUUUCUAUUCAUGAUUGGAAUGCUAGAAAGAUGCAGCCUAAGUGCUUGUCGCCCGCUUCGGAGGUAAAAAGUUCUGAUCUUGAUUGUUGUGGCAGUAGGGUUAGUCCAAUUGUUGAUAGUUUUAGUCAAAAUGUUAGAAUUAGUAGUCAUGUAGAUGAUGGUAAUGAUGAAAAUGAGAAUGAGAAUGAAAUUCAGCAUGUUGAUGUUGUUAAACGUAAUGGUGGGAGAAAUGGGAUUAAGGGGGUUAGACCACCUGUUUUGAUACCUCCAGCUGAUGGGAUGCCGUAUAAUAUACCAAUGUUUGAUAUGAAUCUGUUUGUUCCACAAGUCGGGGAAGAUGUUGAUGAUGAUGGGGGUGGAGAUCACGGGGUGACUGGUGGUGGGAGGGGGAUUAGGGGUGUUAGACCACCUGUUCUGAAAACUCCACCUGAUACGACGAGGUAUAGUGUGCCAAGUUAUGUUUUAAGUUCAUAUGGUUCCGGAGAGAGGGGAGGUGAUGUUGGUGAUGAUGAUGAUGAGGGGGAUCAUGAGGAUUUUGUUGAAAACGAUUGUGUUGAAAAUUCAGAGUCUUGUUCGUUUACUACUAAUGAUGAUGAUUCUUCGAGUACUACUACUGAGAAUAUAUCUCCGACUGUGAGGACUAGGAGUAUUGAUGGUUCAAGUGUUAGGAAUGAGCCUCCGUCAUAUAUUUCUCCAAAUGGGAGAGUUAGACGGAUUGUUAACAAUUGGACAAAGGGAAAGCUACUAGGGCGUGGAUCAUUUGGAUCCGUUUAUGAAGGAAUUGCUGAUGGUGGCUUCUUUUUGGCAGUGAAAGAAGUUUCUUUGCUUGAUCAAGGUGUCCAGGGAAGGCAGAGUAUCUAUCAACUGGAACAGGAAAUUUCUCUUCUCAGUAAGUUUGAGCAUGAGAACAUAGUCCAAUAUUAUGGCACGUAUAAGGAUGAAUCAACUCUUUAUAUCUUUCUUGAACUAGCAAGCAAAGGUUCACUUUUGAACCUUUAUCAACAGUACCAUCUUAGAGAUGCCAUAGCCUCAGCAUACACAAGGCAGAUUUUGCUUGGUUUGAAGUAUCUUCAUGACCAAAAUGUUGUUCACAGAGAUAUUAAAUGUGCAAAUAUCUUGGUCGAUACCAAUGGAAUUGUCAAACUUGCAGAUUUUGGAUUGGCAAAGUCAACCAAGUUGAAUGAUGUGCAAUCUUGCAAGGGGACUGCUUUCUGGAUGGCUCCUGAGGUUAUCAGAGGAAGUGGUUAUGGGCUUGCAGCAGAUAUAUGGAGCCUUGGGUGUACAGUUCUGGAGAUGUUGACAAGCCAACUUCCAUACUGUCCUUUGGAUUGUAUGCAGGCAGUAUAUAGGAUUGGGAACUCUAUUCUGCCAGAUGUUCCUGAUUCUCUCUCCAAGGAUGCACGAGAUUUCAUAUUCCAGUGCCUACAGGUUGACCCAAGUUCUCGUCCAAUGGCCUCUCAGCUGUUGGACCAUUCCUUUGUCAAGGGGCGACUUCUUUCAUCAUCAGAACUAGAAUCUCCUCACAAUCCUCGCAGACAGGCUUGAUGAUUAGAGCGACAUUGCUAUUUGAGAAAGAAGGUAUCAAUUUUUGGUGGAUACCUAGCUAGGUUGGGUACUAACAGGAAGUUUAGUUCCAGCCACUGCUGUGGGAAUGGCUGAGCAUGUUUUAUGUAUCGACAUGAGUAAUCAGCGUAUCCGACUUUGAUGCAUACUCAUAUAUGGAUGCAGAAGCCUGUUCGCCGUUAGAAGUUAAAUUAGGAAUAUCAAGCCUUUCUUGAAGUCCUUGUUUGCAGUAGUCUCUCCGGUAAAUCUGUUGUAUAAUUCAGUGUUGCCAAUUUUAGUAUUUAACUUCAUUCUUUUUGCAAGUUGAGUUUAUGUUCCAUUAUGAUUGAGAAAUAGGUUCAAUGCUUGGUCAACUGAUCACUGUAAAUAUCAUGCAUCAGUGAAAGUAUGCAAGUUUCUGUAUAAUCUGAACUUGUUUGUUUGCUUGCAUGUUGGCAUAUAUAUUUAAAAAAUAAACUUCGUUUGUA